AACAGUGACUUUUACCGUUAUGGUUUUUAUUUCAUUUUCAGUAUUUUUUAUUUUUAUUUUAUUCUACUAUUUUAUACGUGUGUUUGUUUAAUUGAUUAUUUGUGAUAUUGAAAGCUCGAGUGUUUUUCUGAUUUGUUUUUUUGUUAGUCGGUUUUAUUUUAUUAUCGGAAAUCUAUUGAGUUGCGUAUUGAAGUUUGUUUUAGGAAAUUUUAGAAAUUGAAAUUGAAAGAAACUAUAGGGGUUUGGGUUUUUUUAAUUUUUUGUUUUAGAAGAAAUUAUGUUGUUAGCGUUUAGAUUUUUUUUUUUUUUUUAUGGUGAAUAUAUUGAAUUUGAGAGCUUGAAAAUAGACACAUGAAGAUUUUAUGAAUUUGAUUGUGUUUUUGCUGGGUUAGAUAAAUUUGUGUAACUAAUUUAACAGACUAUUAAUUGUGGAUCACAUGGUUCAUGAUAUACUUUUACUCAUUUUGGUGUGGUGGGAGUUGAAUCCUAUAAAACCGAGACACUCACGCCUUCUCAAGAGCGCUGUGCAACGGGAAACUCCGACAUCGCAGCUUUCUGAAAUAUGGACGCCUCUGGAAAAUCAAGGUUGGAAACCUUGCAAUGAAUUGAGAAACAAGCCAACAGCAUUACCGGAGAAGUCUGAAGGAUACAUCCAGGUAUUUCUUGAUGGAGGUCUGAACCAGCAAAGGAUGGGGAUAUGUGAUGCAGUUGCUGUUGCCAAGAUACUGAAUGCAACUCUUGUGAUCCCAUACCUUGAAUUAAAUCCUGUAUGGAAGGAUUCAAGCUCAUUCGAGGAUAUAUUUGACGUGGAUCAUUUCAUUGAUGUAUUGAAGGAUGAUGUUACUAUCGUUAAAGAGCUUCCUGAAGAGUAUGCAUGGAGUUCAAGGGAGUACUAUGCAUUGGCUAUUAGAGAUACCAGAAUCAAGGCUGCACCUGUUCAUGCAACAGCCAACUGGUAUCUGGAGAAUGUUUUGCCGGUCCUACAAAGUUAUGGUAUUGCUGCAAUCUCUCCGUUUUCUCACCGCCUGACUUUUGACAACUUGCCUAUGGAUAUCCAACACCUGCGCUGUAAAGUCAACUUUCAAGCUUUAGUAUUUGUUCCCCAUAUCAGGACACUCGGAGAUGCCCUUAUCAGUCGCCUUCGAAAUCCUCAGCACUCUACUGAUGAAAUGGGCUCCAACUACCUUCAAGAGGUCACAGAUGCAGAUGAUAGUAAAAAUGCAGGGAAAUUCGUUGUUCUGCACCUCCGAUUUGACAAGGAUAUGGCAGCCCAUUCAGCCUGUGAUUUUGGUGGUGGGAAAGCUGAAAAAUUGGCCCUUGCAAAGUAUAGACAGGUUAUUUGGCAGGGAAGGGUUCUUAAUUCCCAAUUCACUGAUGAAGAGUUGAGGAGUCAGGGCCGUUGCCCAAUGACUCCUGAAGAGGUUGGAUUGUUGCUAGCAGCUUUGGGAUUCGACAACAGCACUCGUUUAUAUCUUGCCUCUCACAAGGUCUAUGGUGGAGGAGCCAGGAUUGCUACUUUGAAGCAAUUGUUUCCACUGAUGGAAGAUAAAAAGAGCCUUACUUCACCUUUUGAGCGUGCUCAGAUAAAGGGAAAAGCUUCUCUAUUAGCCGCACUUGACUACUAUAUCAGUAUCCAUAGUGACAUCUUCAUUUCUGCUUCACCAGGAAAUAUGCAUAAUGCAUUGGUUGGACACAGGACUUACUUGAACUUAAAGACUAUAAGGCCAAACAUGGCAUUGAUGGGUCAACUGUUCUUGAAUAAAACGAUGGAGUGGUCAGAGUUUGAGCAUGCAGUGGUUGAAGGUCAUGAAAAUAGACAAGGUCAACUCAGGGUUAGAAAGCCUAAACAAUCCAUAUACACAUACCCUGUUCCUGAUUGCAUGUGCCAAGCUUAAUAGAUUGCUUACAGAUUAGUAGCCUCUAUAUUUUAUGAUUCAGUCUUUUUAUUUGAGAUUUGAAUCUGGUUAAUAAAAGCAUUAUCACUAGUCCUAUUCAUGAGGGGUUUGUCCAUGAUGUUCUUGGUAAGAGUGCUUGAUAUAAUAGUAUAGUAGUAGGUGUCUUGUGUGAGAGAUGUAUGUAUGAGAUGAUGGCAUUCUUAGCAGGAGCAAUAUUAUUUAUAAUUCAAUAACAGGAGCUAUUUUGUUGUUUA